UUUCUUAUUUAGUGAGGAAUCGAGAGGCUUGAGAAGCAAAAUCAGAGAGGAGAACAGGGAAGGGAGUAAAGUUCUGGAGCAGAGCAGAUUCCAGUUGCUUACGGUUUAAUAAAGUAAAUAGUUCUUUUUGGGGCGUAUUUGCCAUUCUACCAGGUGCACGUGGAAGGAUUUUCAGCAUUUCUAGAACUCUGAAUUAUUUUACAGGAACAACUCUUUUUAGUCUUUACCCUCAGUAAUGAAGGAAGAAGAACUCAACCGAUGUCAGAUUCAGGAAUGGUAUCCAAAAUUUAAAUCCGUGUCUAUUAGAACCCUAAUCCAUGAACUUCCUGAAUCUUUUGUCCAGUACCUUGUUGAUGAUUCUGGGCCCUUCCUUCUUCCUGUUUCUGUUACGAAGGAAGAUGCUCUACCUAACAGAAUCCAUAAUCCUGAAGAAGAAGACGACUAUCAGGUGUCAGAAGGAUCAGAAGAUGAAGCGGAAUUGUCGACCCCUCCAUCUUUCCCUGAGCUUGAACUGAAGAUUAAAGAGUCAAUUGAAAUACUUGGGGGUGCAGUCUUCCCUAAGCUAAACUGGAGCGCACCAAAAGAUUCUGCUUGGAUUAGCACAUCAGGAACCCUGCGAUGCACUUCUUUCAGCGAGAUUGCUCUUUUAUUACGAUCAUCUGACUCAGUGAUCCAUGACUUGUGUUAUGCAUAUGAUUCAUGCAGUGACAAAACCUUGUCUGGACCACCGAGUUUCUUCCUUGCCCUGCGCAAGUGGUACCCAUCUUUAUUGCCAGAGAGGGAAUUCCGUUGCUUUGUCCGAGGUCAGCAGCUGGUUGGAAUUUCCCAACGUGAGACUACUACAUUCUACCCCAUUCUGUUGGAGAAGAGAGGGAAUUUCAACAUUUUGAUUCAGGAAUUUUUUGAGAAUAAUGUGAGACUGAAAUUUGAAUCAAGAAAUUAUACUUUUGAUGUAUACAUCACAAAGGAUGAGCGGGUCAAGAUUAUUGAUUUCAAUCCAUGGGGCUCUUUUACAUUACCACUAAUGUUUACUUGGGAGGAAUUGGAGCAGAGCUUUAGGGAAGGAGGUGGUGCUCCAGAAUUUAGAAUUGUGGAGAGCCAGUGCGCUGUUCGGCCAGGGUUAAAGACAGCAGUCCCAUAUGAUUACAUAGAUACUAGCUCAGGGAGUGGUUGGGACCAAUUUCUGAGGAAUGCUGAUGCUGAGUUGCAAAGACAGGCCAAAUCUCCUGAGGCAGGGGCUUGAGGAAUCUUUUGUCUAUUCUGAGGCAAGACAUGCUGACUUUUUUUAGUCUGGGCAAGACAUGCAGACUUUCUUCAAAGGCUAAUUCACUGCCAUUACAAGAGAUCCUUAGAUGUAUUCUUGACAGUUCUGUAAGGGCUGAACAUGAAAGUCAAUCUUGAGCCUUGCUUGCAGACAGAAGCACAGAGCAUGUUCUUCCUUUUCUGUGGUGGAUCUCUUUUUCAGACAUGAUGUUAUCAGUGAAUGGUUGGUUUUAAUGGUUGCAGUGUUUGCUCGGGAGAUAUUGGUUUUUGUUCUUGGAAUCUUUAGUUUUAGUUUAUAACAUUGUGCUCUUUGAAUUACUAUUUAGUUAUAGGCUUUUCAUUCUUGUAAUCAGACUACAAAAGCAAGUGUGGUAGCUUCCUAAAAGAUGGGACUAUUCUAAAUAUGAAACUAUUGCAGCUAGGUUUAAGGAAAAUACCAGAUGAAAGGCCCUGCAUGGUUUGUUGAAUAAGCUGAUAUGAUUCCGAUGGCAAUUGCUGAUGUAAGAGUAGCUUUUACAUGGUUUGAUUCACCUUUAUCAAUUCUAAAUAACUAAUA